AUUUAAUGUUUUCCAUUUUCAGUUCCAUUAUUUCUUAUUACAUCCACAGCUUAAUGUUUGUAGUUUAUAUUUCAGAAUGAGUACUUUUUUCUUGUUUUAAUAAAAAAUAAAUUUAUAAUUGGAAUAUUUGUUACUUGAUAAAUAUCUUGCUACUUUAUCCUUAAAUUAUAUCUAACUUGCUUGGAGCUAGUAAUUUAUUUUCAACAUUUGAAGAAUGUCUCAAAUUGUUACAUCUGGAGGAAGUAAUUCCGUGAGUUCUUUGUACAUAUCUAUACAGUUUUAAAUCAAUACGUUAUUGAAACCAUUGUGUCUAAAUUUAUUAAAAUCAUAUAUUAUAGUUAAUACUUAUCCGUUAACUGGACUGUUCUUAUAAUAUCCUGUAAAGUAUUUGUUAGACAGUGUUAACCAAUAGUUAAACAACUGUUUUGCCGGUUUGCGCUAACGGGACAUUAUAAGAACGGUCUUUAGAAUUAGUUUCUUUCAUUCUUUUGUUCGUAUUAGAAUUCGGUUGUAAUAUUUAAGCAUUGUAUUACUGUGGAUGAGUAAUAGUUUAGUUAUCUUCAUUUAAACAUAUUCACCUCAUAUUAUACAUAUCUGUAUAAUAUUACUUAUAAUGCCUAUAUAAAUAAUUAUAAAAAAUGUGAAGUUCUGGAACGAACAUUUUUUUUUUUUUUUUACCUAGUGUUUCUAAUUAAAUCUGAUAAAAUUAGUAAAUUAUUUUGUAGUUAAAACUAAUAUAAUUUUAAAUUUAUAUGUUAAAAAAUUAUUUUCACAAGUUUGUUUCAAAAUUAUACUUCCGUUUGUAAUGAUUUCCAUUCAUUGUGCAAAUCAAAUUAUCUUAUAUUCUACAAACAGUAAUGUGAAGAAUAUUCUAUAUAGCUUUUAGUUAAUAAUAGAUACCAAAGUCUAUUAAAAUGGUUUAAAAAUGUUAAAUCAGUGGUGAAGCUACAUAUUAAAGUGCCUGAGGCAAACAUUUUUUUUUCACCCAUUAUAUAAUAGAAAAUAGGUAUUAUAAUAUUUAUGUACACUAUACAUAGGUAAUAAUACAAAUGUAUACUAUAUAUUUGUAAUUUUGUUGUAAUUGUUUAGUAUGGUUAUUGAUCAAAUAUACUAUGUAGAUUUCAACAAUGGUUAUAAUAUUAUUAGCUUUAAUCAGUCAAUUUAAUUGGCGUGAACAACUAGCUAUUAAGCCUGUUUUACAUGCAUGUUUAUACUACAAUAGAACCUCGAUUAGCCAAACCUCCGUAAUACCAACCCGCUAUUUUCCGAACUACAAUUAGUAUAUCCGAACACUGUUAUCUGAACGUUAUAUCUUGUUGAAGCAUUCAUACACCCACAGCCAGCCACCAAUUUUAUAAUUGUUCGCAAUUUAUUAUUAAUACCUAACCUAACAACUUAUACAUGUACAUAUGUUAUAUAUACAUAUAUAUAUAUAUAUAUAUAUAUAUAUAUAUAACGUAUGUACGUGUAUAAAUUGUUAGUAGGUAAUCGAGACAUGAUAUGUUCCUAUGAACUUAUUUUGUGAUUAUAUAUGUCUAAAUACAUAAUUUAAUUCUAAAAUAAUAAUUAUAUAUAAUAUAUAAUUGUGUUCUAAAAAAAAAAUUGUUUUUUUAAACAAUUUCCAGUAUUUGAAUUACAUGCUGUCCCAAUUAGUUCGGAUGAUUGAGGUUUUACUGUAAUUCAAUUUUAAUUAUCAUUUUUCUACCAAAUGCUUGAUAAUCAGGAACGCCCCUAUUACACAUACAGGCUUCUACAAAAAUUGAACACUCCAAGGCGACUGCCUCAGUUGCCCCUGCGGUAUCUCCACUACUGAUUAAUUUUAGUUGAUAAAUUUUAGUUAAAAAACCUAUUAUUAUCUAUAUUUAUGAAUAUUCUAUAGAAUAAAUAAUAAAUGUCAUAUUAUUGUUUAUGCUUAUAAGGCUAAAGUGCGUAAAUGACUGAAAAUAGACUGAAUAUUGUCGUUAAUUACUUACUUUUCUAUACAUCAAGUAAUUGAGCUUUAACAUUGAUAUCAUUUAUUUAUAAUUGAUAUUUUAACUUUAGUAAGUUAGUGCCAGUGAUUGAAAUUUUUGGACAUAAAUGACAGUUUACUAUAAAAAAAUGUAUAUUAUAAAUUACUUUUCUCUUAGCUCUUCUGAACAAUUUAGGAAUAAGCACUUACUUUAUCCUUCUAACCACCAAAUUUAUGACAAGUCUAUUGUACCUAAUGUUUUGUGUACAUUAGAAAAUAAUUAAUUUCUCAUGCUAAUAAAUCAUAUUAUGUACUUGGAAAUAAGGAACAUUAUUUAUUUGUCAAUUUUACUACUUAAUUAAACAUUUAUUUUCGGUUUUUUAGGAAGAUAAAACAGCAGAUCCGAUGGAAGUAAUAAUGGAUAACAGUAUUUUGGAUGAUUCUGUUGAAACAUCUACUACAUUAGCUGUUCCAAACGGUUUAAAGAAUAAAAAUGUUAAUGUAAGUGAAAUGACUUCAAUGGAUUACUAUUUUGAUUCAUAUGCUCAUUUCGGUAUACACGAAGAGAUGUUGAAGGAUGAAGUACGGACUCUUACAUAUAGAAAUUCUAUGUAUUAUAAUAAACAUUUACUUAAGGUAAUUUUUAUUUUUCUAAAUAAUAUUUAUAUAUUUAUAUUUAUAUUUAAUUUAGGCUGUUAAGAGUCACUGUUAUUUUCUAUUAAAACAUGCCUUGUAAGGAAAACUCCUAUCUUUUAGAAUACUUAGAUUUUUAUUUUAAAAGUAGUCUUUGCGUCUUUUCAGUCACAUUAAACUUAGAUUUUCAAAAUUCAAAUUUCUACAAAUUGUAUCGAGCAUUUUUAUUUUAUAUUUUGACACAAAAUUGGAGUUUGAUGUAAAAAGUUGUUUACUAUUUUUAUGAGGUGUGAGAAUUUUUCCUGAUAAGUAAUUUUUGUCCAUAAAAAUUGCUAUUCUCUUUACUGAAAUUGGUAUCAAACAGUAGAUUAAUUAAAAAUUAUUAUUUUUAAGUGAUCAUUAAUAUAUUAAAACUAAUUUGAGAAUAUUAGGAAAUCUUCUUUGGACAGUAAUAACCCUUAACCAGUAAUAUCAUACCUUUAUUAUCUUCAAUGUCAUAAACAUCUAUAAACAAAAAAAUAAAAUUACAAUAGUAAGUAGUAAUAAUAUUAUUUUAUACUACACAUUACUAUUUAUUUUUGAUAAAUUCACAUUAAUAAUUUAUUAUAGUAUUUUACUAUCUCAUUGUAUUUUCUCUUUAUCUUCAUAUUAUUUUGAAAGUCCUAAAUGUUAACUUGUGUGUUUAUUCUUAUGUAUUCAUCAUUUUAAUCACAAGCAUUGCUUAAAGGAGGUGAACAAACACAUAUGUAUAUUUUUGUAACUAUAUUCAUCCAAUGAUUGUUUGCCAAUAAUAAAUAAAUAAAUUUAGUAUUAAAAGUAUUAUAAUAUAAAGUUACUUAUAUUACAGGGUAAAACUGUAUUGGACAUCGGUUGUGGAACUGGUAUUUUAUCAAUGUUUGCUGCUAAAGCUGGAGCUGCUAGAGUCAUAGGUGUAGAAUGUUCUAACAUUGUAGAAUAUGCUAAACAAAUAGUAUCAGAUAAUAAUUUAGAUCAUAUUGUAACAAUAAUCAAAGGAAAAGUAAGAAAUUAUGUUAUAUUUGUUCAUGUUUUUAGAUAAUAUUAAAUUAUUUGUUUAGGUUGAAGAAAUAGAGUUACCAGAUGGUAUUACUAAGGUUGAUAUUAUUAUAUCAGAGUGGAUGGGAUAUUGUCUCUUUUAUGAGUCUAUGUUAGAUACUGUACUCUAUGCUAGAGACAAGUGGUUAAAAGAAGGUGAGACAAAUCAAUUAUUUGAGGUUUAUCACUUAUUAACUUGUUUAAUUCCAUUAUUAUUUUAUUAUGCAAAAAACAGUAAAUAAUAUUGAAUGAAUCUUUUUUUUUUUUAAGUCAUUUAAUAACUAAUUACAUUUCUUAGACUCUGAGUGUGGAGAAGAGGCUAUUAUUUUCACUACUAUGUGUAUUUUUUUUCUUUCAUGAAAAACCCGUAUCUAGUAAAAAUGAUUCAAUUAUUUUUCAUUUUAUACUGAAAUAUUCUGAUGUAUUGCCUGGUGAUAUUUUAUUUAAACAUUUUCACACAGUAACCUAGAUGCAAAAUUUCUGUUGAAAUCCGGUUUCUAACCACAAUAUACAUAUGUUACUCAAUGUUAGUUAUAACUUGCUAUGUAUUGUAUUAUUUUAGAUGGCAUGUUGUUUCCUGAUCGUGCAAAUUUAUUCAUAACUGGUAUUGAAGACAGACAGUAUAAAGAUGACAAAAUAAACUGGUGGGAAAAUGUCUAUGGAUUUAAUAUGAGUGCCAUACGUAAUGUAGCUAUAAGUGAACCAUUAGUUGAUUGUGUUGAACCUAAACAGGUAAAAUUAUUUAAUAAGUUGUUUUAUUUAUUCUAAAAAUAUUUAUUAGUAAAUUUAUUAUUAUUAUUAUUUUUUUUUUUUUUUUGUAGGUUGUUACAAAUUCAAGUUUAUUGAAGGAAGUUGAUUUAUAUACAGUUAAAAAGGAAGACCUGACGUUUACUUCUCCAUUUAAUCUUCAAGUCCGCCGUCAAGAUUAUGUGCAUGCAUUGGUUACAUAUUUUACAGUGGAGUUCACUAAAUGUCAUAAACGUAUUGGAUUUUCAACGGCACCAGAAUCUCCAUAUACACACUGGAAACAAACUGUAUUUUACUUGGACAAUUAUCUGACUGUAAAAAGAAAUGAUGAAGUGUAUGGAACAUUCUCAAUGUCUCCCAAUGAACGCAAUACUAGAGAUAUGGACUUUGUUAUUGACAUCGAAUUUAAAAAUGAUGUGAAUGAUGUGACCGAAUCUAAUAAAUACCGUAUGCGCUAAUUAUUCAUUUGAUACUUAAUAAUAAUUUUUUAUUACAUUUCUUUUUAUAUCUGUAAUAUAACAUUUAAGAUAAAAAAAAAUUAAAAUGCAGGAUAAUUCAACCGAAGAACAAAACUAGAAUCUGCAAAAAAUUAAUUUUAACUAUGGUAUUCACAUUUCUUAUAUAUAUAUAUAUUUUUUUUUUAAUUUUUGUCCUAAAUUUUCCAUAAAUCAAUCUUAUUUUAUAAUAGUUUUAAUAACUAACUAAUUAGGCAAUCACAAUUAUAUGUGAUUUUUCAAAUUUGUAUAUUAUUUAAAUAAUUAAUUCCUUAUAAAAAAAAAAAUUAAAUUUCCUUUGUAAAUAACUAUUAUGAACUUUAUAAUAGUGAUUUCAUUUAGAUUCACUAAUAUUUGUUGUUCCUAAUUUAUAUAUUUUAGUCUUGCUUUAUUAAAAAAAAAAAAAAAACCUGGAACAAAAUAUGUAUUUUUGUCUAUAGUACAGCAAUUUCUCUUAAGAAUAUUGUGAAUAUUGAAAUCUGUAGUUUUGAAGUUGGAUUAUAUUUAAAUUUAAAAUUUUGUAUUUUGAAAAUACUGUUUCAUAAAAAUUAAACAUAUACCAUUUUUUUAAAUUGUUUCAAACUGAAUUAUAUACAAAUAUUACCAAAUUUUUUUUAUUUUUACACCUGUUGUAUAAAUAAUUUAAAUUAUCCUAGCUAACACAUAAAUAUUUUAUAAAAAUGAUUCAUUGAAUUUCAUGUACUUAAAACUUGACAAGAUAAUUAUUUGUCUUUGCGUUAUCUAUUAUUUUGUUUAUCCACUCAUAAUUUUAAGAAUUAUAAGUAUUUUUAAAAAACAUUUAUAUUACUCUAAAUUUAAAAAAAAAAUUCCUUUAACACAAAAAAAUUAUUUGUUUGUUUAAAUAAUUUUGAAAACUUAUUUCUGAUCUGCUUAAAAUUGAUGAUUUUACUACAUUUUUUUUUGACCUUAAGCCUUGACAAAAAAUUUAAAUCCGUUAAGAAUUCUUAAUAAUAAAUAGAUGAAAUUGUAUGAUUAGUCGUAACGACAGUUUCAAAUAUUGUUCAUUCAAGAGUACUGCAGUAAAGGACAAAAAAAAAUUUUUUUAUGAGGAAAUUUUUCUGUCACUUACAAAUUUACAAUUGUGGAAGAUAGUAUUCAUUUUUUGUUUGAAAAAAUAUUUUUUCAUGCAGUGCAAUUACUAAUUAGUACUGAUUUUAAUUUAAAUAUCUAUAUGUUCUUUAAGACAUUAAAAAUCUGAAAUUAUAUCAUUGAUGCUACAGAGUUGCAAUAUAAAAUUGUGUUCUUAUUGUAUACAUUUAUGUGAUUAAAAUUUAAUUUUUACCGGUUUAUUAUAUUUGGCAUAUACUAAUUGUGUUGCUCUGUAAUUGUACUGUGGUGACUUGGUUCGCCAAACUUACCAAGACAUACUUUACAGGGCCAAUGCAUGCCGAACUGAACUGUAAUAAAUUAUUUUAUAGACCCUUGAUGAAGAGAUGAUUUGUAAUUAUUUUUCUUUGGUAACGGUGCUCUAAUGUUGCACAAUGUCAUUAAAAAAAAUUAAAAAAAUCAUUAAGUAUAUUAUUUAUUUGACUAUAAUAUAAAAUUAUAGGUACAAAGAUAAUUGUUGUGUAAUAGAAAUGCUAAAAUAUUUUUAUUUUCAAAAGUUAAAAUGUGGUAAUCAGUUGGAAGUUGUAUGUUAUUUGGCAAGAUAAAUAGUUGAAACUAGGGAUUGUUAAAAUGUUAUCAAAUUACACUGGCAAUUUUGUGCUGUAUUGUGUUGUGUUUACAAAGUGUGAAAUAAGUAUCAUGGAAAUUAUAAAAUCAAAUAAAGGGAUAGAAAAGAUUUUGUUCAAGGCUCUGGUAUUUGUAUACAUUUUAAUUUUGCGAGUUUUAUGAGAAAUUUUUAUUUGGUAGUUAUUCUGUAGAUAAAUUGUUAUUAACUUAACAGGAAUGCUUGAAAAUUUGAUAUAAGGUUUAUGAUAAGUCAUACUUAGUGGUCAAAAAAAAAAAAAAAUCCAGUUAUAUGCAGUAUUUUUUUUUUUAUUAAUUUAAGAUCAAAUUUUGGCAGAAAUCUUAAAUAUUAUGGUUUAUCGUUAGUUACAGUCGUAAAUUAAAUAACUUUAUAUAUGUCACAUUCUCCAUUAAAUACCUACAACAGUAGCUGCACCCAUCGCUAAUAUCAGUUUUUGUUUUUUUACAAUAAUUUACUACGAUCUGAAUCUAAUACUUACGAAAUACUAAUGCACACUACAUAGAAAGUUUUAAAGUAGUUAUUAAGAUAUUUAAUAUUUAUAUACCUAUUUUUUUUUAUUUUUCAAGGUCUCAAUACUCAUGUAACUCUAAAUUAUGUAUCUAUAUUAUAAU